UCCAUGGUGCGAGAGUCUCCAUUUUUCGUUGCGCUACAGGAUGGCAUUCUUCAAAUAUCUUCGCUCUGUUACGAGUGAGCUUAUCCUCUUCUCGGCACCAUUUCUUCUUCUUCCACUGCCCUUAGUGAUCGGGACAUCGGAGGCACAAUGUGCAUAUGUGAUAGUCCUGAUGGCGGUAUACUGGUGUACAGAAGUCCUACCACUGCCUGUAACAUCUCUGCUCCCAGCACUUCUUUUUCCUCUGUUUGGCAUCAUGCGGUCCAAAGACGUGAGUAUGCAGUACCUUAAGGACUCAAACCUGUUGUUUGUGGGAGGAAUGAUGGUUUCGAUUGCUGUGGAGCACUGGAAUCUGCACAAGCGAAUCGCCUUGAGGGUGUUGCUCUUUGUUGGUGUGCGCCCAGCACUUUUGAUGUUGGGUUUCAUGGGUGUGACAGCCUUCCUAUCCAUGUGGAUCAGUAACACGGCUACCACAGCCAUGAUGGUGCCUAUUGUCCAAGCAGUACUAGAGCAGCUCAAUGACAGUGAGGGAGAAAUACCUCAGAUCCAAAGCACAGAGGAGCCAGUCCAGACAUCAGAGAAUGACAGCAAACAGCCCCCUCCACAGACAGAGAAAACAAGUGAGGGACAAGGGCCAGUGAUAGUGCCUUUUACAGAUGCUGCAGUGGAGGCUGCCAGGUGUAAGGAGGCAGCAGAAAGGCAGAGCAUGUGUAAAGGGAUGACCUUGUGUAUUUGUUAUGCUGCCAGCGUCGGAGGCACUGCCACGCUGACAGGAACCGGCCCCAAUCUGGUGCUCAAGGGACAGAUGAACCAGCUGUUUCCUCAAAACGGAAAUGUGAUUAACUUUGCCUCGUGGUUUGGCUUUGCCUUCCCAAACAUGAUCCUCAUGCUCACACUGUCCUGGUUUUGGCUGCAGUUUGUCUUCUUGGGAUUCAACUUUAAGAAGACAUGGGGCUGUGGUUCUGUGAAGACAGAGAAGGAGAUUGCUGUCUAUAAUGUGAUCAGUGAGCAAUAUCGACUGCUGGGGCCCAUGUCCUUUGGAGAGAUCAGUGUCCUGUGUCUCUUCAUACUGCUGGUGGUGAUGUGGUUCACACGGGAUCCAGGCUUUAUCGACGGCUGGGCAGCUAAUCUCUUUAAUUACAAAGCAGAGUAUGUGACAGAUGCCACUGUGGCAGUCUUUAUCGCAGUCCUUCUCUUUGUUCUGCCGUCUAAACCCCCACAUUUCUGUUCACGGAUAACUCAAAAUUUUGACUUAGCAUGCCAUCAAACUACUGGCCCAACUCCACGCCUGCUCACCUGGAAAUUUGUCCAAAAGAAGAUUCCGUGGAGCAUCAUGUUUCUUCUUGGAGGAGGUUUUGCUUUGGCCAAGGGCAGUGAAGAGUCAGGACUCUCCAAUUGGAUGGGAAAUCAGAUGACUCCCCUUCAACACAUCCCUCCCUGGGCAGUUGCUAUCAUUUUAUGCCUAGUGAUUGCUACCUUCACUGAGUGCACUAGCAAUGUGGCCACUGCUACACUAUUCUUACCUGUCUUAGCUUCAUUGUCUCAGUCCAUUGGGAUCAAUCCACUGUAUAUCAUGGUGCCUUGUACUCUGAGUACCUCAUUUGCUUUCAUGCUGCCUGUUGCCACACCUCCAAACGCCAUAGUCUUCUCUUAUGGAUACAUCAAGGUUGCUGACAUGGCCAGGACAGGAAUUGUCAUGAACAUCAUUGGCAUCUUUUGCAUCACACUGGCCAUUAACAGCUGGGAUUGA